AUGUCGCGAGAAGACCGAUCCGGAGAGUUCACCGGUGUUUUGGGCUUCUUCAUCUGCAUUUGCACCCUGCUAGUACUGCUUCGAUGCUACUGCAAGUUGGUCCUCGUGAAGAACUUCGCGGCCGAUGACUACUUCUCUGUUCUUACCCUGAUAUCCUUCUUGGUCUUUUGUACCUCCGCGCUGCUAGGUCUCCAAAAUGGAACCGGGAAGCGACGAUAUCUCAUCCCGGACGAAAAGUAUCCCAUUGGCAUGAAGUGGUGGUGGACUUGCGAGCCCACUUACGUUGUUACGAAUAUCUUCCUCAAGAUGAGCAUCGGCAUCUUCCUGCUGCGCAUCGCCCAGGAUAGAACCCAUCGCAUGAUUCUUUGGAUCGCCCUUAUCGCCAUCCAAGUAUACAGCGUGUACUUUUUCUUCGUCUUCACCUUCCAGUGCUGGCCUGUCUCGUUCUUCUGGGAACAGUUUCGCGGCGGCAAAGGACACUGCAUCCCCUCAAAAUUUGUCGUGAACUCGUUCUACGGCUACUCUGCAUUGUCCUGUGUCACGGACUGGACAUUCAGUAUUGUUCCAAUCUUUAUCGUGCACAACCUGCAGAUGAAUAAGAGGAAGAAGAUGACGGUGGCUGUUGUACUGGCUUGCUGCGCUAUGUAA